AUGGCGGGUUCCAUCUCUGCGGAAAAGGACCAACCCAGGAAAAGGAAAAAGAAGAAGCCCACAAGUAAAGGCAAAAAGACCGAAAAGGUAAAGAACCCUGAAGAGGACAACAAAGAGCUGUACACGGAGCAGGUCCAAGAGAUACUCGCGCUGAAUCAUAUUUACUUUCCGAUCUAUGUGGACCGUGCAGGGCACAUAAAGAAGGCGCACUUGCCAAGCGACCUGAUGAGCAAAGAAGAAUACAAUGAAAAGAACAAAGAGCUGACCGCGGCAGUAGUACCAAUAGAAAUGAACGACGAAAUAAAUGAAGAGAGUUGUGUGAAAUUUUGCAUAUUCUUCAACUACGACAAUGACUUACCCAAGUACAGAAUUACAUUUGCGUUUGAGAACAAGUACCCCUACUCUUACCCUAACAUUUAUAUACACAUGAGUAGGGCCCUGAGCAAGGAACAAACAACCCACCUGUCCUUGAACAUAAAAAAGAUUUGCGCUAAGAACUAUGGCAGGAUUACUCUGUUCGAUAUUUGUAUGUAUGCACAUGAAUAUUUUAAUAAACUUUUGAGUCACAAUUUUGAAAAUCUGUGGGAAGAAAUGAAACACAGGAUUGAUGAUUUGAGUAGGGGGGGGCAUAGUCCAGAUAAACCUGUACCAACGUGUGUGAAUCGGAACGACGUUCCGGGGGGGGUAACUUUGUCCGCGGGGGGGACAACUAUGGCCGCUGGGGCGGGUGGGUUGUGGUCUUAUUCUUCUGAAUAUUUUAGAACGCAGAGGGGGGGUGGAGUGACAUGGUUGGAAGAGGAGCAAAGGAGAGAGGCAGAGCUGAGAAACAGUAGCUGCGGAACCCAUGGGAACGGUGGGGAUAGCGGUACGGGUAGCGCUUCCAAUGUGCGCACGCAUGGCAGUAGCAAUGGCAGCAACGGGUAUAAUGUAGCCCCCCAGCAGCGGAAACCUCGCCACCCCCCGUGUGAACGGCACAGCGGACACCAAUCCGAGAAAUACCGCCACAUGGCGUCCGCCCAGGCGAGGUUCUUCCAAAAUAUACAUGAGUCGAAUAGCAUCUCUGGGUUUUCAUCAAUCAAUAGUUGCGUGUUGGGAGGAGAGGAAGAGCAUUUAAAUGUUUGUACGAAAAAAAAAAAAGAAAAAAAAACACAAGUCCGAAAAAUAUCACAAGAUGAAUUGAAAAAAGAAACAUUCGAAUCAAAUGUACAAAGACUUAUCACACAUGGAAAUGGAAGAUUAAAGCAUUUUCAAAUUUUAAAAAAAAAAAAAAUAAGUUACUACAGGAAUAGGUUGCUUGUAAGACACAACAUAGACACGAACAUGUAUAUAAUUCACACCUAUGCCGUUUUAGGCGUUUUUGAUUUUCUGGCUUUUUUUUUAAAUCACCUGCUGCACUGCAACAGGGGCUUCAACUUGUUUUGCAACCUCGGUGAGAGGAGCGGGCGGGAUGUGAGAGCGGUACAGGAGGUGGCGAACAGGACAAACGCGGCCAACGCAACGAACGGGGCCAACGAGGCCAACGCGGCCACCGUUGCCGACAACGUGGAGAGGAAGAAAAAGAAAAAAAAAAACGAAAAAAAUGAAAAACUCUUCACGGACUUUUUAAAAGACAUCAACGAAUUCCGCACACAGAAAAACAGCGGAAAGCUCUGCGACCCCUCAUGCCUCGAUUACUUCUGCAGUGAGUACGAACUGUAUGCGAAAAAGCAUUGUCUAGUGAGCACAGACAACGAGAAGACGCUUCUACACGUGUUGAACGAGCUGAAUUUCGCUCGAUUAAAAAAGGUGGUAAAGCAUUUUCGUAUGAUCCAAAAAAUGAACUUGAAAAAAAUUAUCCGCGAAAUUUUAAAAUUGACAAAAAUUCAACACAAGUACUUGGCCAGGUACCACGUCUCCUGGUCCCAGCGGGAGCAUGUCGAGCUAAACGAGGACCUCGAUGAGAACAGGGACAUGUGCAGGGUGUUCGAGAUGUUGAAGAUACUCAUCCUGGGCAGAGUGUUCCGCAACUGUGAGGUGGGUGGUGGGUAUGUGGAUGAGGCAACGGAAAACAAAGAUACGCACAUGUGCGGGCACGAACAGGCGAAGCGAAUAGAAGAGCUUUUUCAAAAGGUGCGAAACAGGGACAACUGCGAAAGUGAGCAAAGUCGUGAAAGGAAAAAGGAAAAGAAAAAAAGAGAAGUCAUGGAAGGGAGUAGCAGCGCCGCGCGCGAUGUAGACUCAUCUCCCCAAAGUGUAAACAGCUUCAGUCGAAGUUACACACUUCCCGAUGGGAGUAGCCCCCACCAGAAAGAUUGGAAGAAGGCACACCACCCAAACAGCAUUGACCACAGACGGAGUAGAAGCCCCGGAGGGAUUCAAGACAACCAUUGUAAGGACUCCCAGGAAAAGGCGAAAAUGAAAAACAAAAAAAAAAAAAAAAAAAAAACGACUCUUCCACUGCACUUGGCUUCACUUCAACAUUAA